AUGCACAUUUCCGUCGGGGGCGUGGAGGAGUUGACUGAGGUCAAGCCGAAGCGCAACGUCACUGAACGCUACGUGUCGUACAAGAUCCACAUCAACGGCACCUACCACUGCUCUGCGCGAUACAGCCAGCUGGCCCAGCUCCACGAGAAGUUGAAGCGCGAGUUUGGAGCCGGCUGCUUGGACAAAUUUCCGCCCAAGAACUUCUUCUACCUCAAACCAGACGAAUGCCAUGAUCGACGCUUCAUGCUGCAGAAGUGGCUGCAGAAGAUUGCACAACAGCCCCGCAUUGUGAAGGGCAACACCUUUCAGACGUUCCUGUUGAACGCCCAGAAAGAGGUGCAGAAGGCCGAGGAGUCGUGGGUGCAGCUGGAAGUGUACCUUGUCAACGGCAAGAAGGUUUCCGUUGACAUCAUGAACAUUGACCAGACAGACGACGUGCUCGAGACUGUACGUGCCUCGCGUGUGCACGCGUUCAAAUGCUGUUCGCACUGCGCUGGAACGCCGUGCUAUCAGAAUACAACAACAUCCGACAUAACACCCACACACACUCAGAACACCCACACACACAUACGCACACCUCCCCCCCCCCCACACACACACACACACACACAUGUGGCCACCAUCCUCUCACAUGCAUGUGCCCCACGCCUGCGUGGAUUGCAGACGAUUGCGGAGAUGAAGAACGGCCACAUCAAUCCAACAGAUGAGGACGCAGAGAAGCUCCAGGACCUGAGGGCCCAACGCGACCGGAAAGCGUUUAUCGAGCUCGCGCGCAAGCAGCCCGGCUACGGAUAUGCGUUCUUUGGCGAAGUCAAGUGCAACUGGCCAGAGAACGAUAGCAUGGUGACGGUGUCGCUGGGCAGCGUACCGCCGGCGCCGGCGUGCAUGCGUCUGCAUGAUAAGGUGAGCGGGGAGGAUCGCGACUUCCUUGUGCGGCGCAUGCGGUGCUGGCGCACGUACUCGACCGAAGACGGCGUGGAGCUUGAGUUUGAAUACCUCGUCAGCACAGACGACAACGGCGACAUGAAGAUGAAGUGGAUCAAGCUCGUUUCCGAAGCAACGAUCCACCUCGCCAUGUGUCUGCAGUUCCUGGUUGAAGAGAUGCUGCGGAUCAACAAAGGCGACUCCAUCCGCACGCCGAAGGACCGCGAAGGGAUCUUCAAACCGAGACGUCAGACCAACGCCCCGCCCGACCUGUCCUUCCUCACAUCGGACAACGAACCCCAGCAGCAAGAGAUCCGGGUUGUGCUCUCUGAUCUUCUCAAAUGCGUGCAAGCAGACGAAGAGGCUGAGGAAGAAGUGGACGACUUUGCGUUGACGGACACGGCGCGGGCGCAGGUUGAGCGGGGGCUCGAUCUCGCCGACGACACAGACGACCCGACAGCCAACUUUGCAGCCAUGGUUGGCCUGGAGUGAGGACGGGGCUGUUCAAUCACCCUUUCUUGCAUUGGUUGAUUCGAUUGCGUGAUCAAUUGUUUGCAUAGUCGGUUGAUUGAUUGUUCGAUCAACAUCCACAUACACACAUCCACACAUCCACACAUCCACACCUUUGCGUCUCCAUCGCACGUGCGUGUGUGCAUGUGCACCUUUUCAUCUUUUCAUGUAUGGUGCUGUUACCACCACCAUGAUCAUCACAGCUGUCAGCUGUUGUUGUUGCUGUUGUUGCUGUUGUUGUUGUUGUAUCCCUUAUGUGCAUGUACAUUUGUGUCUUCCUUGGUUGGAAUAGGGAGUGGGUGUUGCUUGGUGUCUGCGAGUGAAUGAGCGAGCGAGUGCUUGGUGCCCUGCCCACCCUUGUUGUUGUUCACCCUUG